GGAGUGCUUCUGAAAGUUUCCACGCAGCUGGAGCAUCUGUGCCGCCUGAAUAUCGCGCAAGAACCAACACUACAUCGCAAAACCGGCAUCAUAUGCACUAUUGGCCCAGCAUGCAACAGUGUAGAGAAAUUAAAGAAGAUGAUCGCGGCGGGCAUGAAUAUCGCUCGGCUGAAUUUCAGCCACGGCAGUCACGAAUACCAUGCGCAGACAGUGGAGAAUAUUAGAGCAGCAAUAGAAAAUCCUGCCGAAACGGAUGUAGCAAUCGCUUUGGAUACCAAGGGACCAGAGAUCAGGACCGGGAUCAUUGAAACGGGGAAAAGUGACGAAGUGCUGCUGAAGAGGGGCAUGGAUUUGGUGCUCACAACAGAUGAUGCUUACAUGUCAAAAUGCACCACUGAGCGGAUUUAUGUGGAUUACAAAAACAUGACAAAAGUGGUGCGCCCGGGUUCCGUGAUUUACAUCGAUGAUGGCCUCAUCAUGCUUAUUGUAAACAAAAUUGAAGAUGAAUCGAUUUAUUGUAAAAUUGAAAAUGGCGGUUUAUUGGGCAGUCAGAAAGGUGUGAAUCUUCCGGGUGCACUUGUCGAUUUUCCAGCAGUCACCGAUCGCGAUUAUAGCGACUUGCAGUUUGCUGUCAAACUGGGUAUUGACAUCAUUUUUGCAUCAUUCAUCCGAAACGCUGAUGGAAUCCGUGAAAUACGUAAGGUGCUUGGCGAAAAGGGCAAGCAAAUCAAAGUCAUUGCAAAGAUUGAAAAUCAACAAGGCGUUGACAAUUCUGAUGAAAUAAUUCAAGAAGCCGAUGGAAUAAUGGUAGCUCGUGGUGAUCUGGGCAUUGAGAUACCACCCGAGAAAGUUUUUCUCGCCCAGAAAAUGCUAACUGCAAAGUGCAACUUAUACGGCAAGCCAGUCAUCUGUGCAACACAGAUGCUCGAAUCGAUGAUACACAAGCCAAGACCGACUCGUGCUGAAGAAAAUUUGCCUUUCGAUUAG